AUGGCUUACCUGCCCCUGCAGACCCUCGUUGGUCUCGUUGCAGCCAUCUAUCUCUGCAUACCAGCGCUAUCGCUGGAAGUCCUAGAGUCGUCAAAAUGUCGAGCAGUCUGCGGCGAUCGGAAAAACACUCUCACUAGUGAUCUCGUCUGUCAGGAUUCCUUAUUUAACACAUCUGCAAAUGGCCUCACAAUGAAAAGCUGUCUGCUCUGCGAAAGCACAGGCACGACAUAUGUAAACAAUCGGUCGAGCGAUAUCUGGACUUUCCUCUUCAUCCAAAAAUACACCCUCCAAACCUGCCUCUACGACCGCACAUCCGAAACUUCCAUCUCAGGCUGCGAAGACGAGUGUCUUCCGCUCCGCUCCAAGUUCACAGACCUCUGGUACAAACCCAAUCAUACAGAGACGCUCUACGAAUAUUGCGACGAUGUUUUCACACAAUACGCCGGUGGCUGUGCCACCUGCCUCCGAUCUAAAUCUGGCUCCGUGAUUCUGGGCAACUUCAUGGAUACCAUGGAUUCGGCUUGUGAACUGAAACCAAAUGCCUCCGCUGGGGAGAUCGUUACGCUUCGCCGGCCACUUUUCGAUAUGUCGACUGCUACAUCUAAUACUAGUGCGACGAGUAGUUCGUCGGCGUCGGCGACAGCGACCGGAAAUGAUGGGGGUAAUAGCGAAGCCAGUUCCUCGGGGCUGUCGACGGGGGCUAAGGCCGGUAUUGGAGUUGGUGCGGGCGUGGGUGGGUUGAUGAUUUUGGGCGCUGUGGCUUGGUUCCUGCUUGCGAGGAGACGAGGGGCUGCACAGGGAGGUACCCAUCAGUACGAGCCGCCACUGGAGCAGGGACCUGCGUCGGAGGUUUCGUACGGUGCUGGAGUGCCUGUCGAACAGGUUGUCAAGCAGCCUGGAGAGUUGGCGGCGGUGGAAAGGGCGAAAGCUGAGUUGGAUGGUGGAAAUGGAGGGGUCAGGAGAGGAGAUAAUGCGGUGGAGCUGCCUUGA